GGUAUACGCUUGCGCAUAAUACCACAACAUUGAUACGCCACGCUAUUAACAUAGCCAUAGACGGGCACGAAUACAUACGACCACCGAGUAAUGUGCUCGGCUCCACCAUAUUUCUUUAUUCCGUUUGAGCUGUGUGUAAUGUGCAUACAACUUCGUAUUUAGUUCAUAUUGAGCAGUGUGUCAGAAUCAGUGAACUAUUUGGUGAAUUUUCGUCAAUCACGAAAACUUUUCUAAUCAUUCAAUUUAUUCAAGUGAAUCAUAGAUUGAACGUUAUUUGGUGCUAACUGAAUCUACAGUGACAUUUCAUCGGAAUUUUAGUGUAAAAAAAGAGAAUUAUCUGUCAAGUUUAAAUGAAAAUAGUUUGGAAAAACACUUUAUGAACGCAUCGUCCAAAUUAAACGUUGCGGUUUGCAACUGAUUAUCAUUAUAAUCAUUGUGAUUUGAAGUGAGGUGCAAAAGAGUGCAAUACAACGGAAUAUCUUUCAAUAAUAAUCGAUUGAAACAUACAUUUACUUUGGAUUUACAAUACCAGUGUUGUGACAGAUUUGAACAGACACACUCAUAUUUUGCCCACGUAUUUCGAAUUGAAAACGAAUGAAAAACGGAUUGAAAAUGACACCAAAGCCCAUCUACUUGAGUUGCGUUUUAUUUGUGUGGACACUGGCUGCUGUUCAAGGCGCAUCACCACGAUGGGAGCCACAGAUUGCGACAUUGUGCGAAGCCGGUCAACAAUAUCAUCCACAGCAUUUAUCCGAAGACGGACGCUGGACAACCGACUUAAGCAUCAAAACGCCGGCAACCACAUGCUUACGCGACAAAAUGGAUCUCUUGGAACAUUGUAAAAAGGUGUAUCCCGGCCGUGACAUAACGAACAUAGUUGAGUCGUCACACUACCAAAAAAUUGGUGGAUGGUGUCGUCAAGGUGCAUUAAAUUCGGCCAAAUGCAAAGGAGCUCAGCGUUGGGUCAAACCAUUCCGAUGUCUUGAAGGACCAUUCCAAUCUGAUGCCUUGCUGGUACCAGAGGGUUGCCUAUUCGAUCAUAUUCACAAUGCAUCACGAUGCUGGCCAUUUGUUAGAUGGAAUCAAACUGGUGCCGCUGCAUGUCAAGACCGUGGAAUGCAAAUGCGUAGUUUCGCUAUGCUCUUACCCUGUGGAAUUUCAUUAUUCUCUGGUGUUGAAUUCGUUUGCUGUCCAAAACAUUUCAAAGCAGAAUCAAUGAAAGUGAAGAAAACUGAUCUACCUGUUUUGCCGCCAGAAGACAUUUUGCCAUCUUUGGAUGACGAAGCUGACGAAUCUGACAUGGAUGACGAUACCGAUGAAGAUGACAUUGAAAGCGAAGAAGAUAUGUUGGCAGAUGAAGCAACUGAUAAUGAUGAGGAAUAUGAUGAAGACAUAGACGAAAGUGAACAGGAAGAUGAGGAAACAUGGAACAAAUUGUCAACACCACAAUUUAAAAAUGGCAUUGACUUCACUCCAACUACAAGCACAACCCCAAAGACUACGGAAUCAGGAUCAAGCACCCCAUCAUUGAUUGACCCCUAUUUCACUCACUUUGAUCCACGAUCAGAACAUCAAAGUUACAAGGAGGCUCAACAGCGUUUGGAAGAAAUGCAUCGUGAAAAGGUGACUCGUGUAAUGAAGGAUUGGUCUGAUUUGGAGGAGAAAUACCAGGAUAUGCGUUUGGCUGAUCCAAAGUCAGCACAAAGUUUCAAACAAAGAAUGACAGCUCGAUUCCAGACUUCUGUGCAGGCACUUGAAGAAGAAGGCAAUGCCGAAAAACAUCAAUUGGCUGCAAUGCAUCAACAACGUGUUUUAGCCCAUAUCAAUCAACGUAAACGUGAGGCAAUGACUUGUUAUACUCAAGCUCUAACUGAACAAAUUCCAAAUGCACAUCGCGUUGAAAAAUGCUUGCAAAAAUUACUCCGUGCAUUGCACAAGGAUCGUGCCCAUGCUUUGGCGCAUUAUCGUCACCUGUUGAGUGCCGGCGGUAACGGAGGUUUAGAAGCCGCUGCAUCUGAGCGUCCACGCACAUUGGAGCGUCUUGUUGACAUUGAUCGUGCUGUGAAUCAAUCGAUGGCCAUGCUUAAACGUUACCCUGGACUAUCUUCAAAAUUGUCACAGCUUAUGGAUGAUUACAUUCAAGCAUUGCGCUCGAAGGACGAUACACCAGGAUCAAUGUUGGGCAUGACUGAAGAGGCUGAAGCGGCAAUUUUAGACAAAUAUCGAAUUGAAAUCGAACGAAAAAUCAAUGAAAAAGAACGUCAACGCAUUGCCGAAAAACAGCGCAAAGAGCAGCGUGCCACCGAACGCGAAAAACUUCGCGAAGAGAAAUUGCGCUUGGAAGCCAAGAAAUUAGAAGAAAUGGUGAAACAACAAGAAAAAGAAAAACUGGAAAGUAGCAGCAUUAGUGACACUGAAGAUGAUACAACCAAAGAUUUUACCGAUGAAAUCUCGGUUCAGCCAUCGCCGACACCAUUGCCAACGGUUGAUGAUUCAGCCGUUCAACGUGCUGUUGAAGAAGUAGCUGCAGCUGUUGCUCAUCAGGAAGUCGAACCACGAAUGCAGCAUAUCCUUCAGCAUGACCUUGGACACGGCGAAGUUGGUUAUGCUGUUCGUCGUGAAUUCUACGGACCAGUUGGCCACGAUGGACGCAACGUUUACUUCACAUUAGCAUUUGCUGGCAUCGCUUUAAUGGCAGCCGUUUUUGUUGGUGUAGCCGUUGCUAAAUACCGUGCAUCAAGACAUCCUCAUGCACAAGGUUUCGUUGAAGUUGAUCAAACAAUUGGUGCUCCAGUUACACCAGAAGAGAGACAUGUAGCCAAUAUGCAAAUCAACGGCUACGAAAAUCCAACGUACAAAUACUUUGAAGUAAAAGAGUAAACUUCUUGAUUUCGUGUCGUGUAAAUCCCCUUUUCCCCCGAAUGAGGAAAACAAAAAUCAACUUACGACACUUUUAUUUUGAAAAACCAAAAUCACGAAAAUAAAACACUUACACAAAUUCA